GAUGUGCAACAAGAGCAACAUUUCAACUACACCAUUUCUGUGAUGCUUCAGAGUAUGGAUAUGGGACGGUUACAUACUUGCGGAAGAAGGAGGAGGAUGGAACUGUCGAGUGUGCAUUUGUAACAUCGAAAAGUCGCACUGCYCCUCUGCAGUAUGUGUCGAUUCCCCGACUUGAGCUUCAAGCAGCCACUAUCGCUGUUCGUGUGAAUAACAUGGUGAUGAAGGAAAUCCAGUUAGCGAUAUCAGCAGUAUUCUUCUGGACAGAUUCYCAGCUAGUCAUCCAGUAUGUGAACAACGAGUCUCGCAGGUUCAAGACAUAUGUUGCUAAUCGAGUUGCAGAGAUAAGAAGCACAACGAAUCCGGAGCAAUGGAGACAUUGUCCGGGAGUUAUCAACCCAGCAGAUUAUGCCUCCCGUGGACUGUCGCCAAAGGAACUGUUAAACAAUAGAUGGUUCCAAGGUCCUGCAUUUCUCUUAGAAGAUGAGACGAAGUGGCCCAAAGGUGAAGUUCAACCACUACCAGAUGGCGACCCAGAAGAAAAGAAGGAAGCCACCAYGUUUACAGUGACUCKGCCUGAUAGUUUACAUCAGCUGUUAGUGAGAUAUUCUUCGUGGUCCAAGUUGCAAAGGAAGGUAGCUUGGCUUAUAAAGUUCAUAGAAUACCUAGCAACACGCAAGAAUGGAGUCUCUGUCGGCACUACGUGCGCUAAACAGCUCACRCCUGAAGACCUGGAGAAAGCAACCGUGGCAAUAGUUCGACUAGUUCAAAGAGAAGUGUAUCAAGAUGAAAUCGAGACUCUGAAGAGUAAGGAUACAGUUAAACCCUCAAGCACACUCRUCAAGCUCAGACCAUGUUUAAGUAAUGGCAUCAUUCGAGUUGGGGGACGUAUCUCCGAAGCCCCAAUGACAUUUGAUGCCAAGUUUCCUAUGAUUAUGCCACCAAAGCACCACGUGUCACGACUGCUAAUUUCUCACUUUCAURMGAAACUGGCACAUGCUGGACAAAAUCACAUACUUGCUCRUCURAGAGAACGYUUCUGGAUACCUCACCAGCGAUCUGCCGUUCGAGGAACUGUGCGCUCAYGUUUGAAGUGCAAGAAGCAAAGAGCAGUUACCAUGCAGCAGCUGAUGGCACCACUACCUGCUGUUCGCACUACUCCGUAUGAGCCAUGCUUUACGCAUUCGGGAGUAGACUACUUUGGUCCCCUAAGUGUCAAGAGAGGACGAGCUAUCGUUAAACGUUGGGGAGUUAUAUUCACCUGCUUCAAUUCAAGAGCUGUGCAUUUGGAGGUGGCAUCCUCGCUGGAGUCUGACUGUUUUAUCAAUGUAUUGAGGAGGUUCAUCAACCGAUGGGGACCCCCUAAGACAAUGCACUCUGAUAAUGGCACGAAUUUCGUUGGUGCGGAACGUGAAAUCAAGCAAGCAAUCGAGAAUUGGAACAUGAACCAAGUUAAUGAUGAACUUCUGCAAAGAGGAUGUAAGUGGGUUUUUCAGCCACCCAAAGCAUCACAUGCUAGUGGAGUCUGGGAAAGACUCAUUCGGAGCAUCAGAACAGCACUGAAGGCAAUUCUUGGAGAAAGUCUGGCAGACGAUGACACUCUCA